AUGACUGCCGCAAUAAAAAGCUAUGCUAUACCAAGUGGAGAUAUCUGCGCGUAUCUUAAGGGUUUCUGGAAGCGCAACUUAGAGUGGCGCCAUUUCGGAUCUGGCUUCCAGCACCUUCGCUCCACGAACAGCGUCGUAUUUAUUGAAGAGGAUGCAGAUGCGGCGCGCCAGCCCAACACACAGUUUCUGAGAUGGUCAUUUGGCCGUACGCUGAAGCAGCAGGAUCUCGCUGUUGCUUACACGGUGCAGUUUAUUCCAGACGAACAAGGCAUUUUUAUGGAGUGGAGCUUUGAGGGAGUGACAUGCCACGGUGUGUUCAAGCCGGAGACUAACGUUGCUAUUCUUAACUUUUGUCUUCGUGAAUCUGUGGUCACAAUCACGUACCGCGUACUCGACGCUAAUACGAUGGCAGUGUGCAUUGUGGACGUGGACAGUGAGCAUACACCUACGGUCCAAUACGGCAACAUGUACCGUAUCAACCCGUCUAAGUAUGAUCGAACACCGUCCAUGGCAUGUAAGCGUAUCGCUAUCGGAGGCACCUUUGCAUGCGAUGAAGCCCUCGCUGUACCGCUGCAGUAUCUCUUAGCUAAUGCUGUGUGGAAUAUCAAUGUCAAUUUACAUUGGUUGCGGUAUGGCAGUCUCACUAACUUUAACGAGUGGACGAAGGACGUUCUGCACCCUGCACGUUCAGUAGAUUUAAUUAUCUUGCUCGUCCGAUUAAGUGACCUUGAAGUGGUGCAUCCCGAGUUUCAAUCUCUUUGCAUGAAUCAAGAGAAAGAUCAAGCUAUCGCUCAUAAUAGCGAUGGAGGUGUUGGCCAGCUUCUUCACAAUAUUGAACAGCACGAUUCCAUGACUAAUUCUUCUCCUCUUCUGGUAUUGUUGUGCCCUUGUCCUCCGGAUAUGACAACAAUGUUCGAUGCAAUGGAAUGCAAAGUUCAAAAGCAAAUUAAAACCAUGAGACACGUGGAUGUGCAGAUUUCAAAGCAGCUUCUGGCCCUUUAUGACCAGCAAUACACGACUCCAUACUAUGAUGUGAUUACCGACAAGCGCCAACAUUCCCCGUACACACAAGCGAUGCUCAAUGUUAUCAGUCUAUCUCUCUGCAGGCAGAUUUGUCGUUUAUAUCGACCUACUAGCAAUCCAAAAAAAGUGAUUGUACUUGAUUGUGACAAUACUUUAUGGGGGGGUGCAAUUGCUGAAGUUGGCUCCAUUGGGAUCGAUCUUGGACCACGAUUUCUCUCACUUCAGCGCUUUGUUGUUGCGCAGCAGCAAAAAGGAAUGCUGCUUGCACUUUGCAGUAAAAAUUUACUAGACGACGUUUUGGACGCAUUUACACUACGUCGCGAUGACAUGGUGCUCAAUCUAGACAAGCAUGUCGUAGCUACCAAGAUAAACUGGAAACCAAAGUCAGAAAAUAUUGUUCAACUUGCGAAGGACCUUAAUCUCGGGAUCGAUUCGUUCAUAUUUAUUGAUGAUAACCCGCUAGAGUGCAGCGAAGUCAAAACGGCAUUGCCAUCCAUAACGGUAAUUCCGCUGGGAGAAAAAUUUAGUGAUUCGGUGCUACUUCACGAAUGGAUUUUCGAUGAAUGUUUGAGUUCAAGAUCAUGUGAUACAACCACAAAAAACGGUACAAUGGAAGACGCCUCGCGAACACAACUAUACCAGCAAAAUUUUCAGCGAAAUCAACUAUGUGAAACUUUUUCGACGCAUGAGGCUUUUUUAAGCGCUCUUGAUGUAAAAAUUGUUUUUGAAGAACUCGAUAAAAAACAAGAACUUUGCAACAGAAGCCCAUCCUUUACACGAGCUCUUCAGCUUCUCCAGCGCACGAAUCAAUUUAAUACGGCAACGACAUUCACAAAGCGUCUCGAAAAAGAAGCAUUGCUAGACUAUGUCGCUGCAUCGGAGAAAAUAGUACUUUGCGCACAUGUGACCGAUCGUUUCGGCCACUACGGUCUUGUAAGUGUGGUACUCUUUCGGUAUGUAUGCGAGACCAAAGUAUUGCGUGUUGACAGCUUUAUACUGAGUUGUCGUGCUUUAAAUCGUGGAGUGGAGCAUGCUGUGGUACGAAAGUUGAGCGAAAUAGCAGCAAGAUUAGGUGCAUCAUCGUUAGAAGUAGCUUGGGAACCGACAGAGCGGAAUCAGCCCGCGCACGCAUUUUUUUCAGGGCUGUUCGAUGUGAAGUUUAUUGUUGAAGCUAAACGAUAUUCAGUAGACAUUGAGAAAGCUGGGCAGCAAUCUAGCCUCUCCCACGACGGCCUAUGGAUACUUGCAGCAGAUAGAGGAAGAAGCGUAUGUUUUCUUAAGACAGAGGGCUCUUACCAGCGCAGCGUCAUGAAGAACGACUCAAUAGAAUGGAUUCCGUACCUCCGUUCCAAUCUCUCACUUCAAAAUAUAGCUCACAAGGUCAUUCUGUGGAUGUUGUUAUUAAAUUUGUUGCCACAUUGGCUUACACGUCCACUUAUCAAAUUCCUAGCUGAUACGCGUGACAAGGAGUCGACUGGAAUGUUGCGUGUAACUCUUCGUGAUCGUGGAAGUUUGGAGCGUUUUCUAAGUCCUGCUCUAUCUAGCGCCAAGAAUAUCGUGGUCCAAGAAUCCAGUGUCACUGCUUCAAAUAUUUGCAAAUUUCGUCGAAAGGCACGUCACCAAACAAAAUUGGCGCUGGUGAAUCACCUUGAUAGUGAAGCCUCUCGCGUGAUUUGGUCCGCAAACCGACCGCAAGCUCCUAUUACAAAAAAACAAACCGUUGCACACGAAGAAUCUGUGCCUGUGGUCCGUCUUCAACUCAUUUGUAAGUCUCCAGAAUGUUUUGCAACGAUACAACUUGAAAAUCGAUGCACCUUUCAAAGAUGCCGCAUAUGCUGUUACCGACUUCAGCGGCUCUUGAUGCGCUCAAAACAUCAUCCAAAUGCUGAGGCCCGGCAGUCGGCCAAGCAGCAAAGAUAG